AUCAUGUUGGCCAAUGUCACGACGAAGCCGCUCUGUCCCCUCCUGGAGCAGAUGAGCCGCCUCCAAAGCCACAGCAAUUCCAGCAUCCGCUACAUGGACCAUGCGUCUGUGCUGCUGCACGGGCUGGCCUCGCUGCUGGGCCUGGUGGAGAACGGACUCAUUCUCUUCGUGGUGGGGUGCCGCAUGCGACAGACCGUGGUCACCACCUGGGUGCUGCACCUGGCCCUGUCCGACCUGCUGGCUACCGCCUCCCUGCCCUUCUUCACCUACUUCCUGGCCGUGGGCCACUCCUGGAAGCUGGGCACCACCUUCUGCAAGCUACACUCCUCCAUCUUCUUCCUCAACAUGUUUGCCAGCGGCUUCCUGCUCAGCGCCAUCAGCCUGGACCGCUGCCUGCAGGUGGUACGGCCUGUGUGGGCGCAGAACCACCGCACGGUGGCUGCGGCCCACAAGGUCUGCCUGGCGCUCUGGGUCCUGGCCGUGAUCAACACCGUGCCCUACUUCGUGUUCCGGGACACCAUCCCGCGGCUGGACGGGCGCAUCAUGUGCUACUACAACGUGCUGCUUCUGAGCCCUGGGCCGGACCGCAACGCCACGUGCGACUCGCGCCAGACGGCCCUGGCCGUUAGUAAGUUCCUGCUGGCCUUCGCCGUGCCGCUGGCCAUCAUCGCCUCGAGCCACUUGGCUGUGAGCGCGCAGUUGCGCCACCGCGGCCGCCGGCGGUCCAGCCGCUUCGUGCGCUUGGUGGCGGCCGUGGUGGCGGCCUUUGCGCUCUGCUGGGGCCCCUACCACGUGUUCAGCGUGAUGGAGGCGCGGGCGCACGCGAACCCGUCGCUGCGGCCGCUCGUGUGGCGCGGGCUGCCCUUCGUCACCAGCCUGGCCUUCAUCAACAGCGUGAUCAACCCGCUGCUCUACGUGUUCACCUGCCCCGACGUGCUGCGCAAGCUGCGGCGCUCUCUGCGGAGCGUGCUGGAGAGCGUGCUGGUGGACGACAGCGACCUGGCCGCCGGGGGCAGUAAUCGCCGGCGCCGCCGCGCCUCCUCCACCAACGCCUCCGCUUCCUCCAUCUCCGAUAGCAGCGGCUACCGCCUGCCUGCGCUCUGGCCCGCGCGCCUGCUCGACUGGCUGCGGGGCGACCGCGCGGCUCCCCCGCAGAGGGACCGCACCCUGUCUCAGGACGAGCGGGGCCCCCUGAACCGGGCGCUGAGCACCACCUCGGGGUAG